AUGCCCAUGUACUCUCGCAACUAUCAAUAUACCUUUGCAUUGCGCUAUAUUAUCAUCUACACCCUCAUGAGGCGACAAGCAGCAUUCGACGCCGAACUUAGAUCCUUCUCUGCCAAUGCCGCUCUCCUUGACGCCUCCAAACGGCUGUUGGCAAGCAUUGACAAGCCCUGCGCGUACUCCAACAUGCCUGUGUCCAGAACCUUGGCCAUACGCCAAAGCCUCAAUAUAUUUUCAAAAUAUGAGGCCAAUCCGCUUUCGCAGGUGUUUGGCAGCUUCAAAAUCUCCUCUUCGUUAUUGGAGGGAACUAAUGGACCUAUUGGUCCAAACGUCUCCUUACUCCCACAUCGCAUUGUUUCUAGGUUACAGUUUAGCAAAAUUGGUCGCUCCAUUGAUCUGAACUUGAACGAAAUCAGCCUUCUGGAUAUCGGCAUCUUCAAAAACGAUGAACGGCGCGUUGCCUCCAAGUUCCAUGCUGGUUUUCUUCAACAACUUCCCACAUUCGCCAUUGAGCAAUAUUACCGACAACAGUAG